AUGGAUUUUGUGACGAAUCGGCGACUGAAAGAGUUGAAAAGAAGUGGUCGAGUGACACGAGCCGAGUCUUUAUUGAUGGUACAGAUGUUAACAAACUCAUUCUGCAUUGUCUCCAGCACAAUUCUCUACAAUCUUUUGAAUGCCAUUGAUAACAUUUUCUUUGGGCCAAAUAUGGUCUAUCUUGCUCACAAUAUUACGAGUCUGAACGUGUGGAUUGUACUAUUUUUCGUAUCCGGCAUAACCACAAUGAUUUGUCUUCGAAAGCGGAAAAGAAAUAAAGUGAUGCCGAAUGUAAGAAUCACGACUGAUCACAAAAUUUCGACGCUCGAU